AUGCACUGUAUAUACAAUUCUACUGUAUUAACUUGAUAAUAUCACAGAAUUUCUAAACACCAGGACCAACAUCGCAAUACUUCCGGGAAAGCUUUGCGAAGCAGACUCGACCGACCAGACAUGGGUUUGGGGUCUGCAAGUCAAUGGGAGAAGUGAAAAAUUCUUCCAUAGUUGUUAAUUUUCCUUAAAUAUAAAGGCACAACCUAGAUUCAAGCCAAUGUCUGAAGUAGCUGAACAUGUUAUUACUCCAACGUUGUGAAAGUGACAAACUGACACAUUUUCAUUUUCAUCAAAAACAACUUAAAGUCGAAGGAGUGCCUUUUGAUUUGAUUGCCUGCACAUGUGCAGUUCGGCACGAGACUACCGUUAGACCUGAUGACAUGUUUCUGCGCAUGAGCUUAGCUAACCAACGUCGCCAUGACAUCGCCUACAAGCAUUUCUAUUGGAGAAGCAGUUAUCUUCAUACUGUACUGUCUUUGAUAAUAUUAAGUUCGUUUGAGAUUGUUCACUGUGUUCAGUCUGAGGUGUGUCUGUCUGUGUGUGUGUGUGCUAUGUGCAUGUGUUCGUGUGUGUGUGUGACUCCACAGAAGGGUCAGGGUGUGAUCGACAGGGAGGACCUGCAGGACGUGUGUCAUCAGUUUAACCUGGACCUGAGUGGGCCGGUGCUGGAUGACUUGAUGGAGUACUGUGACAUGGACAAAGAUGGACUCAUCAACUUUCAGGAGUUCGCCAACUUCCUCAACUGGAAGGACAAAAUGCCCAUCAGUAAAGUGGAGCAGCGUAUUCUGACCAGUGAGUGUAAGAUCAGCACAGCCCCAGAUAACAUGCAGAGAGAGGCUCUCCCUGUGAGACCUGCAGCCUCAGAGGCUUUGGCCAGACCGGAGGACCGGGAACCUGCAGAGACUAUCGUAUGUACGGGACUCCCACAGUGCGCGUCAGCGACAGCACUAACUACGGUGACCAGACCACAGCCUUUGACCUCCUGUUUCCUACGCUGUACUCCCUAAGGGGAGUCCACAUGGAGCACUUCUUCUGUCCCCGCACCUAAGAAUCACUGACAUAUUCCGAAAUGUGGGCGCAAGUAUUUCCGAGGAGACAUUUGUGGAGGCGUGGAAGCUGGCAUCCAUGAGACACCCCACUGGGGACAUGUGUGUGGAGAUUUUCCGGGACGUUCUAAAGGAAAUUCAAGCUAAUUAAAUCUGAAUAGUAUCUUUUACCUCCUCAGUAUCUAUUCCGUGAAAGAAUGUACUUCAAGUAUUCCAUAUACAACACAAGUGUUAUACUUCUUUUUUGUCUUUGAGACUAACUAUUAAUUGUCAUAAUAACGGUCAUUCAAAUUAUUUUCGAUUGUGGACUGUAAUGUAUUUUCUUAGGUUGAGAGCAAUAAGCUGUUUCUAGAAUAAGUAAUACCUUUUUGUCUGCUGCUAACUAAAUGCUUACCCUUCCUUCAUGUGAUAAUAUACAGUAUCUACUCCUGAAAACUAAGUAAAUACUGAGAAUUAUGAGUACCA